GAUGGUAUUUGAUUGUGAUAAGCGAUGGCUAUCCUAUUGAGUUUGUGGGUGGCGUUGAACGGAUAUACCGUAUCACGGACAUUGUACUAUUGCCCGUGAGCCGCAACUCCUUGCCCCAUAUUCAGGCGCAUCCGGUCCGAAAAUACAGUACAGGCUACACGGACAAUGUUGCACAUCCCAAACAACCGAUACCAAUGCAGAUACCAAACGUCACUUCCGCACCACUGGUGACUGUGACAGGGCCGGCGCUCGAGGGCAAAGGGAAAACAGACGGCAGAAAGAUGGACUACAAAGGGGACAAGGAACUCAAACUCAGAGUGGAGAUGACGGACGAGUACAUUCGCCGCACUCGGGAGCUUUUCAGCAGCGGCUCUUUCUACUACGCCACGACGUUUGAUCUCAGUCGACCCGUCUCUCACACACACACACACUUGCCACGCGAGCACAACCAAAUGCUGCGGAGCCCCGGAACAGAACCCGAAACCCAAGAAAAGGGACCGGAGGGUCGAAAAUAUGCACCCGUUAAUGAAAAAGGGACAACCGAGCACACUGCAUCUGAUCUGUGGCAAAAGGCCGACCACACCUUCGUGUUCAACCGGCACCUGCUACACCCGUUUGCGAAGGAGGGCGUGACGGAAUGGUGCCAGCCAAUCAUUCAGGGCUAUUUUAUCCGCCGCAAGUUCCCAUUGGGCCAGGAGAAGGAUACGCCAAAGGAAGAGUCACCGUGUGAAUCCGAUACCGAAGCUGAGGAGCGAGACGAGAUUCUAUUUGCGAGAUCACCUGUACCGCCUGACGACGAAGCACCGCCACUCACAGAGGCAGAGGCCCAAACAUACGUCGCAGAGGAAGAACAGGCUCAGAUACACUUGUCCCUGUUUGCACGGCGCAGCAGUUACCGCAACGGUCUGCGGUUUAAGAAACGGGGCAUAGAUCUGGAGGGACAUGUGGCCAACUAUGUCGAGACAGAGCAGAUAGUCGAG